UGUUACAUAUAUUUAGGUGUUUCAUUGAAUGUCCGUCUAAAAUUGACUCAAAUUGAAAUAAAUAUAAAAAACACAAUUCAGAUAAAUACUCCUAUCCUCUUCACCAUCAUCAACCUAACACGUAACUAAAAUAAGUAAGCAAUAAAUACAAAUCUUAUUCCAAUUACCAAUAUACUACUAGUAUCAAAUGUACAACUAUGUAUAACACAAAGUACAACGUGUUACAGCGGAAGAAGUUAUUAAGCUAGCUGUGUUGUAUAUUUGCCUAUUUGGGCAGGUUCACCGGCGAUUGAACCCUAACUCUCGCCGGAGUGGAUCGGAUACUCAUUCUAACCAGUCGCCGGCGGUUUACUUGUAAACUUUAUACAGCCGAUUCCUCCGGCGUCUUAUUUUCCUCCGGCGCGAGUGUUGAAUUUAGAGAGAGAAAGAGGGAGACUGGUCUUCAGUUUCUCUCUCUCUUCGACUACCAUAUUUGUAUAUCCAAAAACUAUUACUGACUAUUCUGCAUUCAGUAAAUUUCAACCCCCAUUUUUUGUUUCUCUCUCCACCUAAAACCCAAAAAGUUUUUGACUUUUGUUUUUUUAAAUCCCCCUUUUUUCUCCCUCUCUCCUCCGUCGACCGAAGCAAAACUCAGAGAGAGAGAGAGAGAGAGAGAGAGAGAGAUUUUAUUUUUAUAAUCGAGAAAACAAAAAGGAAUAGAGGUUUGGAGAAGGAAUCAAAUCGGAACUUCUUCUGGUCCACUUUUUACACAUCAUUUCAUAAAGGUAAAAGCUCCCCCCGAGAAAGUGUGUGUAUUUCCUUCUUUACAGAUUUUUUUUUUUUUCUUCUUCGUCUUCUGUAUCCAGGCAAUUAUACGGCGAAUGCGCACAACAAUUAUAUAUAUCUAUAUAUAAAUUAUUAGAAUCACAAACGCCUGUGUGUGUGUAUGAAUAUAUACGUGAAUGUGAGGGGGAUUUUGGGUGAAGAAGUUCGAUGAAGCUGCAGCAGAAAUGGUGGAUCGGUGGAGCAGGGUAGUUUGUGUUUGUUUAUGUGUGUUGUUCUUGCUGUUUGGCUGCACAAUACAGCAGCAAUUGUUGGUCUCUAGGCAAGAGAGAUUGGUUUUGCUUCAGUUAAGAUCUUCAUUAGGGUUGAGGGCUAAAGAAUGGCCUGUAAAAACCGACCCGUGUACUUCAUGGGCGGGUAUCCGAUGCACAAACGGCCGGGUCACAGAAAUCAACAUUUCCGGGUUCAGAAGAACAAGGAGGGGGGGUCAAAACCCUCAAUUCUCAGUGGAACCUCUCCAGAAUUUGACCCUUUUAUCUUCGUUCAACGCCUCGAAUUUCGCACUCCCUGGAUCAAUUCCUCAAUGGCUGGGAUUGCAGCUCGUCUCUCUCCAAGUUCUUGAUCUUAGUUCUUGUUCCAUCAAUGGUGUUAUUCCGUUCACCCUGGGCAAUUUGAGUAGCUUAGUCGAGCUGUAUUUGUCGAAUAACAAUCUCACCGGUGCACUCCCCUCGAGUUUAUCUCAGUUAACCGGUCUCUCUGUGCUUGAUCUUUCGCAUAAUUUACUAACAGGCCCCAUUCCUACUACUUUUGGCUCUCUUGGUAAUCUCAAUGUGUUGGAUAUGUCUUUGAAUUUCUUGUCUGGAGCGAUUCCUCCAGAAAUCGGAACAUUAUCCGUUUUACAGUUCUUGAAUCUUUCCGGAAACAGUUUGUCCUCUUCUAUACCGGCCCAAAUCGGUGGACUUUCCAAUCUGAUUGACCUUGAUCUUGGAUUUAAUUCUCUCUCAGGGUCUGUGCCUCAGAAUUUGAGUGGGUUGACAAAUUUACGACGGAUGAUAAUUGGAGAUAAUUUCCUUUCAGGAAAAUUGCCUGGUAAUUUAUUUUCUCCUUUGACUCAGUUGCAGCUUGUGGUUUUGAGUCAUAAUGGUUUCGUGGGCGAUUUUCCGGGUGUGCUGUGGUCGUUUCCUUCAUUGCUAUUCCUCGAUGUGUCGGUGAAUAACUUCACCGGUGUGCUGCCAAAUGUCACUUUAAGAUUUAAUGCUGGUGGUGCUACAGUGCUUAAUAUUUCUCAGAAUUUGUUUUAUGGAAAUAUUACACCUGUAAUUACGGGGUUUGGUUUGGUCGACAUGUCGGGAAAUUAUUUCGAGGGCCCCGUUCCGAUUUACGCACGUGGUGGCGGCAUCACCACCUCUCUCGUCGGCAAUUGCCUCCGAAAUGUGACUAACCAGAGGACCGCAUCAGAAUGUGCGUCGUUUUACAAAGAGAGGAACUUGCUAUUCGAUAAUUUCGGAGAGCCGAAUUCCUCCACACCGCCUACUAUAAAGUCGAGCAAGAAGUGGCGGAACUUAAUCAUCAUUUUGGCUUCUGUUUUCGGAAGUAUUGCCCUGAUUUCGCUCGUCAUAUUCGCCAUUGUAGUGGUGAUUGUGUGCAAGCGUAAGAGGGGUACCUCGACGAACCAAAGAGGUAUCAGCGUGGGACCCGUGCCAGCUGGCGGGGGGGCCUCGCCCCCCGGAGGAGCACCGCUGAACUUUUCGAAUCUCGGAGAUGCUUUUACGUAUCAGCAGAUCCUAGACGCCACAGCCGAAUUCAACGACGAAAAUCUAAUCAAGCGCGGCCAUUCUGGCGAGAUUUUUCGUGGGGUAAUCGAAGGGGGAAUUCCUGUGGUAAUCAAGAAAGUUGAUUUGCAUUCGUCGGUGAAGAGGGAAUCUUACAUGUUGGAAUUAGAGCUUUUUACGAGGCUGUCACAUCCUAGAUUGGUUCCUCUGUUGGGGCAUUGCUUGGAGAAUGAGAAUGAGAAGUUUCUUGUUUAUAAGCACUUGCCCAAUGGGGAUCUCUCGAGGUCUUUGUUCAAGAAAACACAUUCUGGUGAGAGUUUGCAGUCGUUGGAUUGGAUAACUAGGCUCAAGAUUGCUAUUGGAGCUGCAGAGGGUCUGGCUUACCUGCACCAUGAAUGUGUUCCACCUCAGGUUCACAGGGAUAUUCAAGCUAGCAGCAUACUUCUUGACGAUAAAUAUGAAGUACGGCUAGGAAGUUUGAGUGAGGUUUGUGCUCAAGAAGGUGAACCUCAUCAAAGUCGGAUGCCAAAGUUCCUGCGCUUCCCACAGACAUCGGAUCAAGGUGCUUCAGGUACUCCUAAUGCAAUAUGUGCAUACGAUGUUUACUGCUUCGGAAAAGUUCUUCUCGAGCUAAUAACAGGUAAGCUUGGCAUUAGUUCAUCAACCGAAGCCACCAUGAAGGAGUUUUUAGAGACAACACUACCGUACAUAAGUAUCUACGACAAAGAACUCGUCACAAACAUAGUGGACCCCUCACUCAUCAUAGACGAGGACCUUCUAGAAGAAGUGUGGGCCAUGGCUAUUGUCGCCAGGUCAUGCCUCAAUCCAAAGCCCAACAGACGCCCCUUAAUGAGGUAUAUUCUUAAAGCACUGGAAAAUCCUCUUAAAGUUGUGAGAGAGGAGCACACUAGCUCCGCUAGGCUUAGGACCACCUCUUCUCGUGGUUCGUGGAAUGCUGCUCUGUUUGGCAGCUGGCGGCAGAGCUCGUCUGACGUGACGGCGGCUGGCCCGUCUCGGAAAGUUGAAGGGACGAGUGGUGGUGGUGGUGGUUUGAAAGGGUCGGGGUCUCAAGGGAGUGGGCAGAAUGGAGAUGGGCAUAAUGGUCAUUCGUCGAGGCGGCAUUCGAAAGAGAUAUUUCCGGAGCCUUUGGAUGUAGAGAGAGAGGGUAAAUGAGGGUUUUUAGAGAGAGAAAGGCAUUGUUCUUGAUUCUUUGCAAAUAACAAGGUAAGGAUGUACAUUCUCUUUCUACAUUCGGGUAAGCGAGCCUUUAUUCUUCUUCUUUUUUUUCUUGGGGUGAUUAUUUAUGGCGAUUCUUCUCGUUCGAUGAAAGUGGACCUGAAAAUUCGUUUGUAGAAACUGCAGUGGGGUUGGAAAGUGGUGGUGAUUGUUUGUGCUGCUCUGUUUUGAAGACUUGUUUGGGGGGGGAAAACAAGCCGCAAUUCUUUUUUUUUUUUUUUCUGUAAUUUUUUUUUUUUUUUUUUAAAUAUUUUGGUGUUGGCCUUUUGGUGAAGUGUAAAUCUUUCAUAAUGGUUGUGAAAAAUCCAGGGUUGGAAUUGGAAGGAGAAAACAGUAAAACUACAUUUUCAUUUUUUUCACUAUAUAAAUUCAUUUAUUUCCCCCUUCCAAUUCAGAUCAUGCUGGUGUUUUUUUA